GGAGCAAGGAGCAGCUCCAAUGGCGUCGGUAAUGAUGUUCAUACUGAUACCGACAGGCUUAGGUGUUGUGAGUUGUCUCUUCAUUCUAUUCUACAUUUCUUUCACUUCCAAUUUCUUUAUCCAUUCCCACCAAACCCAUCUCACAUUCAACUCUACCCUCAACAUUUCAUUUGUUGGAAAUCCAAUUAUUCAGACACAUACGCACGUCCAAUUCAAUGGAAACCAUGUGAAUGACAAUGACGUAUUCCAUGACAGAGAUGCCUUUGUGGACAACUACAAAGAAAUGAAUAGGAGCCUGAAGAUAUAUGUUUAUCCUCACCAAAAGGAUGAUCCCUUUUCCAAUGUACUCUUGGCUGUUGAUUUUGAGCCAGGUGGAAACUAUGCAAGUGAAAGUUACUUCAAGAAAGUUCUCAAGAUGAGCCAUUUUAUUACAAGGGAUCCUUACAAUGCCGAUCUCUUCUUUCUACCUUUCUCAAUUGCACGAUUGCGACAUGAUCCACGAGUGGGGAUCAAUGGUAUUAAAGACUUCAUAAAAAGCUACAUCUUCAAUAUUAGUAAUGAGUACCCUUACUGGAACCUAACCAAUGGGGCUGACCAUUUCUAUGUUGCCUGUCAUUCUAUUGGUCGUUUUGCCAUGGAGAAAGUAGUUGAUGUUAAGAUCAACGCGAUCCAAGUUGUGUGUACUUCAAGUUAUUUCGUAUCAGCAUAUAUUCCACAUAAAGAUGCAUCAUUGCCACAGAUUUGGCCAAGGCCAGGUGGAAACCCAAAUUUUGCACCUUAUAAAAGGAAAAAGUUGGGAUUUUUUGCUGGAUCACUAAAUUCUCCUGUACGUGAAAAGCUUCUAGAGUGGUGGGGAAAUGAUUCCGACAUCUUUGUGCACUUUGGUCGCCUUGAUAGAUCUUAUACUGAAGAACUUGUUGAUAGCAAAUUCUGCCUUCAUGUGAAAGGCUAUGAAGUCAACACUGCUCGCAUUGUUGAUGCCUUGUUUUAUGGCUGUGUACCUGUGAUCAUUGCCAACCAUUAUGAUCUUCCAUUUGUGGACAUAUUAGACUGGAAACAUUUUUCAGUCAUUGUUGCCACGCUAGAUAUCCCUCUAUUGAAGAAAAUCCUUCAAGGCAUAACUCAACAGGAGUAUUUAGUAUUGCAAAGCAAUGUUCUUAAGGUAAGAGAACACUUCCAGUGGCAUGUUUCCCCAAUUGAUUUUGAUGCCUUUUAUAUGGUUAUGUAUGAGUUGUGGCUAAGGAGAAGUUCUUUAAGGCUUCAAUGAACGGUUUACCAGAUAAUAUCUUCAUUAUGAUAUUAAUCCCAUUUUUCAUUGGGG